GCCUCGUCUCCGGUGUGAGUCUGGUCGAUGUCGUCUGGAGUCAGAGCGACGUGUUGGCGCAGGAGAUCCUCGUCUCGUCCUCCUUCAUCGAGGAGCUGCGGUCCGGUCAGCUGACACAAAGCCGCUACACCAACUUCAUCCAGCAGGAGGCGCUCUAUCUGCACAGAGUCAGCAGCACACUGGAGGCUCUGAUUAGUCGUUUACAGGAAGCAGAUGACGUGAGGUCGCUGCUGCUGGACACACUCAAACACUACAGCCGCACAAACCAGAGCCUCCUUGCCUCGCCUCCCCCGCAGUGGCUCGUCGUCUCCCUCCAGUCCUUCCACUCGGUGGUCCUGGAGGAGCCGGUUUACUGGCUGGUGGCUCUGUCGGCGCGGGCCUGCCUCCGUAACUUCCUGUUCUCUGAGCUCGGGCCUGACGCUCGGCGGGGGUCGGAGGUCAAAGGCGGUGACCUCUACGAGGAGUGGAGAGACGACGCUCUGUGGGAGGUCACCUGGACACACAGGUUCAGGCAGGUGCUGGAGGAGCAGCAGGAGCACGUGGACGUCUAUAAAGCCGUAAACGUCUUCAGAGCGCACAUGAUGAACCAGAAGAGUUUCUACAAAGCCGUAGACUGUGAUGAAGAGGACCAGAGAUGAAGAGGAGGAGGGCAAGAAACGUCCUGCAAGAUGCAAAAAGGUGACAAGAACACGAC